CCAGGUCUUCGAAGGGCUAUGCGGAAGCCGCAUGGUCGUAUUCGUAAUCAGCAUGGUCGAUAACCUAUAACCCACUAGAUUCCGAGCAAAAAGCGUUUAAUCACUUCGUGGGGUUCCCUCGUUAGUACAAACAAGGUUGAAUAAAAACAAGAUUUUUGUCUAAACGAAUGAGCUGGAACUCUUCUCAGUGAGUGAAAUAUGGAGUAGAGCAUAUACAGACAGAGUUAGAUCUUGUUGUGAACAAAUUAUGUCUUGCUUUAUUUCAGAACCCUGACUGAUCCUUCUUAAUUGGAUCUGUCAGUCUUAUCUAUUAUAGCGCCUGUUACUAGAGUCAUCUAUUAUUCGCGUUCACAAUAAUAUACUUUUUAACCAAUAGCUUAUUUUACCUGUGCUGUAGGGGUGUUAUCGACCUGUAGAAUAAGUGGCCCAGGAUAAGACUACUGACACUAACCGUCUUUGUGAAACUAUAGACUUGACCAAUCAAAAAGCGUCAGUACAGCGUCAGUGUUAGUGGUUUUACCCUGGGACAGAAUAAGUAGCUUACCCUAAUAUCAACGUGACUUAACAUUCUCGUAACGUUGCACCCUAAUAGAACCUUCUGAGUUCCAGUACUUAUGAAAAUCUUUUAUUCACAUCCUAAUAGUAUUAAUCUUCUUUUUACUAGAAAUUGAAAAAGAGAUAUGGCCAUAUCUAAUAUAUAUUUUUAGUCUUUCACGUCGAGAAACAGUAACCACAUCUGAUUCGCUCUGUCAGCUUCAUUGAAUUAUUUAUAUAUGUGUGAACAGUGUUUCUAAUGAGAAUUUUAAGCAAAGUGAUUUCCCAGAGUUUACCGCUGCAUUUUCCAAGUUUUCCCUGCUAAAAACAGAGUAGAAAUCGAAUUUUCAAGGUGGAAAACCACUUUGUUCUCACGGGGACCACCAUUCAUUAGAAACACUGUGUAUAAAUUCGAUUUCAUUGUUUCCUUUUAGCUGCAAAUAGUAGUUCAAGAAGCCAGUAUCAAUGCGAACUGAUCCUCGUAGAUAGUCUCUCCGCGGAGCUGCUAUUUGGAGCUAAAAGGAAACAACGGCUCGAUUUAUAGGUAAUGUAACUAAUGGAGCAGAUGAGUGUAAAAUGAUCGAACUUGAUUUAUAUUAUAAGUUGAAUCUAUAUGAGAUGGCGAUAAAGUGAGCCGAGAUGUUGUAUACGAACGUGGUAUAACGCUGCUGAAUUUGAUUGCAGACUACAGAUGUAGUUUGUCAUGACCACUCAUCAAAACACUUCUGAUUCACAAGUUUCCUACAAUCCAUAUUCGCUAAUUCACUGUAAGAAAUAAGGUCAAGAUAAACUUCGAGUAAGCGCCACUAUCAACGUGAUUUACGUUGACACAGGCGCUUAAUGGAAGCUUAUCUUGACCGUAAGAGAAGCUACUUUAUAAAGUUAAAUACACUCUUCACCCCUUUUGCUGGUCGUAGUGUUUGGUAAUGUAGACUGUAAGCUUUAAAAGGACGAACUCAGGCUUCCCUUCGAGCUACCUUAAGUUGGGCCUGUAAUUUAGAUCUAACUUAAACAAUAUGGGUGAAACAGUCCUAUAAAGCAAGAUAAAUGAAGAUUAUCUUGACCAAAAUAAAUAGAUAGAUGAAAUCAGUUAUUUUUUUAAUCAGUCUUUUGCCAUCAGCGCGUAGAAUCUACACUAACAAUGCUCAUAUUGUCAACAUUGUUUGUAUCAUGCUGUUGCUUUACUACACUAAUUCGUCUCUUAAUGUUUUAUAAAGAGCAUGUUACGUUUGGCAACAAAAUUUGUGUGGCCCGGAGGCAAGAGCGUUACAUUUCACGCACUGCGAGCUCUUGCAUCGAUGCCAAUCAAAAUGCCUUCUCUUUCUCCAACCAUGACUGAAGGAACAAUCAUUAAAUGGCUCAAAAAAGAAGGUGAGGAGAUAAAUGCAGGUGAUGCUCUAUGCGAAAUUCAAACAGAUAAAGCAACAAUGACUCUGGACACAGAAGAUGAAGGAAUUCUUGCUAAAAUAGUGAAAGGUGAUAAUUCUACUGAUGUUAAAGUUGGUGCGUUGAUUGCUAUGACAUGCGAUAAGAAUGAAGAUUGGAAAAAUGUCAAAGUACCAGAAUCUGAAGUUGAAGCAGUGUCAGAAACAAAGCCUAAACUAGAACAGAAGGAUGAUAAGCAACAAUCACAAAAAGAAAAACAAAAUCAGUCUGUAGAGAAACAAAGUAAAGGGCCAGAAGAACAACAAAGAACAGAAGCUUUUCAUGCAAUAGGACCAGCUGCUCGAACAUUAAUCGAGCAAUAUGGAAUCGAUCCAUCAGAAGUGCAAGGAACAGGCCCAAAAGGAGUCGUUAUGAAAAGCGAUGUACAAAAAUAUAUUGAUUCUAAACAACUGAAAGUCAAAUCUCGUACUCAGCAAGACGAAAAGCAACAAAAGCCAGAAGAAAAAAAGAAACCUGUUGAACAAGUAACCCAAAAACAAAAACCACCUAGUUCAUCAACAUCUCAAGGGCGUCGUUAUCACGAUGUUGAAUUAUCGUCAAUUCGUAAAGCAAUUGCAAAACGUUUGACUUAUUCGAAAACUUCUAUACCUCAUCAGUAUGCUAGUAUAUCAUCAAAUGUCGAUCGUGUAUUACAAUUACGAAAACAGAUGAUCGCCGAUCCAAAAGCAGUGACAAAAGUAUCCGUCAAUGAUUUUAUCAUCAAAGCAGUGGCAUAUGCAUUAAGACAAGUUCCACAAAUGAAUGGUACAUACGAAAAUGAUAACUUAAAACUACAUUCUACCGUUGAUAUUUCGGUUGCCGUUGCUACUGACGCUGGUCUUAUAACACCUAUUGUUCAGAAUGCCGAUCGGCUCACACUCAAUGACAUUAAUCUUAAUGUAAAAAGUCUGGCUGCUAAAGCACGCGAUGGCAAAUUGAAACCGCAUGAAUUUCAAGGUGGAACAUUUACAAUAUCGAAUUUGGGAAUGUUUGGCAUAUCACAUUUUUCAGCUGUUAUUAAUCCACCACAAUUAGGUAUUUUAGCUAUUGGUAAAAAUGAUCUGCAAUUAAAUGAACAAUUAAAAUCCGCAAAUAAAAUGAAAGUAACUUUAUCGUAUGAUGCUCGAGUUUGUGAUCCAAUAACAACUGCUCUCUUCUUACAAGCAUUUCAGUCUUAUAUAGAACAUCCAGAAAUGUUAACAAGAGGACAAGGAAAAACACAAACAAUUUUUGAUUUUUGA